UUGCCGCAAGCUGAGCCACUCCCACUUUUCUUUUGCAAACUUCCAAGAAGAUGGCUAACAAAAUCUUCAGGAAAAUCAUCAGUACUCCCAAUGCGCCUGCGGCUAUUGGGCCUUACAGCCAAGCUGUGCUGGUUAAUACCACUUUAUAUUUGUCAGGACAAAUCGGACUAGACCCCAAGACUGGGGUUUUUGUUUCUGACAAUGUCGAUGAUCAAGCUCGCCAAUCGUUGAUAAAUCUGGGUGCUGUUCUAGAAGCUGCUGGUACCUCUUUCGAUAAGGUGGUGAAAACAACAGUUCUCUUUGCGGACCUCAACGAUUUUGAAUCGGUCAACGCCAUUUAUGCCACCUAUUUCAAAGAUAAGCAACCAGCCAGGGCUGCAUUUCAGGCAACAAAACUACCCAAGGGGGCAAAGGUUGAGAUUGAAGCUGUUGCUGUUGUUGGAGAGAUUAUAGAUGAGUCAAAGGAACGUUUAAUGAUAAAUAGUUGUUUAUAGUCACAUAAUUAUAAUUAUUAUUAAUUAUUAUUAUGCAGUAAAUAAA